UAGAUCUGUUUCGAGUUGUUGACGAAACCGAGGCAAAAGACAAACGUCAAAAGCACGCGUGAUCUGUUUACCUUUUUCGCUUACCGUCGCCGGCGCUCGUGGCUAAAAUUGGCCGGUUCUUCGCGCGGACUCAGUCGCGUAGAUUCUUGAUUCCGAAGUUCAGGGUUUCUUUAGUUUGCUCGUUAUGGAUGACACCGUAUGCUACAUCAAACCAGAGUUCCUGGUUCCCCGGCUGCCCGAGGAAAAGAAACCCGAGGACAACCCACCGGCAGUGUCAGCCACCUCAGCGGAUGGCACGGAAGAGCCGCCGUCCAAGAAGGGGCGCUUCGACAAGAAAAAGAAUCGAGGACAGAACAAACAUCGGGGUCUGCCGUUCAAAGAGAAGGACGAUGCUCGACUUUGCAAAAGUCUGCUGGAGGGAAAGUCGAGCGACGAGUUAUGCGAGAAUCCGCAAUGCAGGUUCUCCCACGAUCUGGACCAGUUCAUGCAGUUGAAACCGAAGGAUAUCGGAGAAACAUGCUACAUUUAUUCGCUGAAGGGAUACUGUAACUUUGGCGUUACGUGCAGAUUUGCCAGUGCCCAUUUGGAUGAGAAAUGGAACAACAAGAUUGACGAAGGGGUCAAGCGGGAGAACUCUAGUCUUGUCAGUCCCUGCCUGAAGUUCGAUCUGCAGUACCAGUUGCGUAAGAAGAGCUACAAUUAUAGCAAAGCGAACAAAAUAAUUGCAAAGUUCGAGCGGCUGCAAAAGGAAGACAAGAGCGCGGAUGGGGAGGGGUUGAAUGGCGACGGUACUCCAAAAGCCAAGCCAAUUGGCUCAUGUACCGAUGAGGAUGUGAUCAAACUGCGCAGUGAAGAACGGCGGAAGAUCAAUUUUAAGGACAAAUUGUACCUAAGUCCGCUGACGACGGUGGGAAAUCUCCCUUUCCGAAGAAUUUGCAAGGAGUACGGGGUGGACAUUACCUGCGGCGAAAUGGCCUGUUCGUUGCCGAUUAUAAACGGCAUGAUGCAGGAAUGGGCACUGACGAAGCGACAUCCAUCGGAGGAUUUGUUCGGAGUGCAGAUUUGUGGGCACAGUCAAAAGUUGGUGUCGUACGCAACGCAGGUAAUAGCCGAAAAUGCCGACGUAGACUUCAUCGAUCUGAACCUCGGGUGUCCAAUCGACUUGAUCUUCAACCAGGGAGGAGGCAGUGCAUUGCUCCGCAGACGAAACGUUCUGGAAGUGAUGAUUCAGAGUUGUUCCAGAAUAUUGGCCGACUAUAACAAGGAAUUUACGGUGAAGACCCGUAUGGGAAUCUACGCCAACAAGUUUGUAGCGCACGAGCUGGUGCCGAAGUUUGAAGAGUGGGGAGCCAGCUUGGUGACCAUUCAUGGCCGAACCAAAGAGCAGCGCUAUACGAAGAAAGCCGACUGGGAUUACAUCAGACAGUGCGCUCAACAGGUCAAGAGCAUCCCCAUCUAUGGAAAUGGGGACAUUUUUUGCUACCAGGAUUACCUGGAUGCCAAGGAACGGGCUCCGGAACUGGCCGGUGUGAUGAUCGGAAGGGGAGCCCUCAUUAAGCCGUGGGUGUUCCAGGAAAUCAAGGAGCAAAAAACCCUGGAUCCGUCCAGCAGUGAACGGAUGGAUAUGUUGAAACGUUAUGUAAAUUACGGACUGGAACAUUGGGGAAGCGAUACCAAGGGUGUCGAGAAUACAAGACGAUUUUUACUAGAGUGGCAAUCGUUCCUUUACCGAUAUGUUCCCUCCGGUUUGCUGGAGAGGCCACCACAGAAGAUUAACCAACGGCCUGAACCGUUCCGGGGUCGUGACGAUCUAGAAACGUUGAUGGCUUCGCCAAACAGUGCGGAUUGGGUCAAGCUGAGUGAAAUGUUGCUCGGGCCGGUUCCGGAGGGAUUCAAUUUCGUACCGAAGCAUAAGGCCAAUUCGUACUGAAUGGAUCAAUUGUUACCUUUGUGCUAACAGGUAUGUUGUAAAAUUUCAAAGAUUUUAUUUUACUUGAACUUAUAAUUGAAAUUGACUGAA